CGUUAACAAACGUUAGCGCAACAUUGUUUUAGUGUUUUGUUUUGUUUCAGAAGACAACUGUUUUCGAGAGUACGUGUAUCAUUUCGGAUGGGGAUUCUCCCGCGACUCUGCAGAAGUAGCAGUGCGCCACAAUAACAGCUGAAACGCUCAGUAGGCCUCCACGAUUUUUUCCUUUGUUAUGAAGUCGACAUGAACGCAAGGUCCCAAGUUUUUGAACUAUCUUUGGAGGGCCGUCAAGUUCACGAAGCGGUAUCGGGAAUCUUUCACACGCUGCUGUUCCAUCGGACCUUAGGCAAGUUUCACUACAAACGGGAAGGCAGCUAUUCCGUCGGGACGAUUGGGUUUGAAGACGUCACCUGUGACUUCGUCGACUUCACAUACGUGCGUUGCGCUUCGGACGAACUUAACCAGAACCUCAGCAAGGACGUGCUUGCCUUCAGCGAACAGCUCAGGAGUGCUGAUGGCCCAAGGCAAGGACAGAUCUCACUGGAGUUUUACCAGAAGAAGCGCGGUCACUGGCUCUUGCCGACAGAAAGCAUUCCCUGGGAAGUGUGGAACAUCAAGGUCAACGUGGUGACGCUGCCAAAUGAACACGAGCGCCAGAAGUACCGUGAAAGCCUGGGCGACAUGCUGGCCGAGAAGGUGAUGGCGGUGGCUGCGUCCAUCAACCGGCACGAGUACGUCCCCAAGAUGCCCAGCCAGCCAGACCUGGACCUGGUCUUCGACACAAGCUACGAGGACGUCCAGCCGUACAACUUCAAGGUUGGCUACCAGACGUCGGGACCGUCAAAUCCGUCGGUCGGAACCACCGUCCGGAAGCUCCUCAAGGAUACUCUCGCCUUCUAACGGACCAUCAAUCCCGAAGAUCGCUCUGGGAACGGAAGAUCAGACUGCCACCGUCGAAGGAAACAUCGCCACUUUUCUCGGCGUAAUAGUGCUCAUCUUAGAAAACGACCCGAACCAACGUGUACGUUCGGAAAUGUCUCCUCCUCUUGUUUGCUUCUUUAGUUCGGCUCUCUUCAUUUUUUUUUUUUUUUUUGAAGAGAGUGCACUUUUGAGAAGAGUUGUACAGUUAGACGUGGUUUCGUCAUUUCCCCUGUGAUGCGCUCGUAAAAGACGAGAAAACAAACAUGAAAUCUCCAUAUUUUAAGAGAUAUUUUAAAAGUGUUGCUCGGCGUACGGCGGACGGAAAUAAAUGGGAAUAAUCCGAGAACGCAGCACAACAAAACCAUAACUGACAGACCCAAAACUCUUGUACCUGCCUCAAUUCAGGGCCUUAAAUUGUGAUUUUGUAAAAAUUGCGCGUUGACCUGUUCUGUCCACUUGCAUGUUUCCUGUGACUAGCAUGUGUAAAAAAGAGAAUCGUGUGAAUUGCAUAAGUAAUCAAUCAUAAUUCAGUUGUAAGCCAUACAUCAACAGAGUGAAAAGUUUCACGAUGCAUUGUACAGUGUACAUACAAUACUAUUGCGGCUGUGCUUUUUUUGUCUCUGUCUAGGUAUUUGAAAUGAAAUAAAACAUUAUAGCUCGUUA